AUGAAUAUUAAAAGAAAUCAAAAUAAUAGUAUAGAUAAUAACUUAUCAAUUGAUAGUAAUCCUAGUCCAAUUAAAAAAGUUAAGAAUCAUUUAGAUUUUAGUAAAAGUUAUAACGAAGACGAUGAACCUUCAAAUGAUUUGGAUUUAAGUUUUAAUACAAGUAAUAUAAGUAACUUAAGUAAUAUAAAUGGAGAAGAAGAUAAUGAUGAUGAUGAUAGAGAAAAUGAACCAAAAGAUAUAGAUAAUCCAAACCCAUCAAUAACUACAACUACAGCCACAUCAACAAAUAGUACAUUAGUAAAAAAAACAAAUAAUUUUUUAGAUUUCAAUUUUGCAUUUGAACCAAAUAAAGAAGAAGAUGAUGAAGAAGAAGAUUUAAAUAUAAGUUUAACAACUGAAGAUAUUUUAUUAUCACAAAUUGAAUUAUUAAAAGCAGAAUGGGAUUAUAUCACAUAUAAUAAAUCACCACCAUUAGUAUUACAAUCUGUAUAUCAUCAAUCAAAUAAAGAUUCUGAAAGAUCAAUUCAAAUUUUAAAAAAAAAAGGUACAAUUAGAUUAUUUCAAAUUGCAACAAGUUUAAAUGAUUAUUGUAUUAUAAUUACAACAGAUUAUAUUAAAAAUAUUGAAUUAUUAAAGAUAGAGAAUACAACGAUACCUAAUAAAAUUAAACCAGAGACAUUAACGAAUAAUAUGAAAAAUUCAAGUCCAAUUAAAUCAGCACCAAUAGAUACAAUUUUAUUAAAGAGAUCAGAGAUAUUAGAUUUAUUUAUAAAAAAGUUAAUACCAAAUUUUAAUGAAGUAUCAAUAACUAGAUCAAAACUAUUUCAAUUAUUAUCAAUCGUUAAUGACGAUCAUCAUCAACAAGAGAAUAUUAUAACUCAUUUAGUUCAAUGUGGUUUACUAUUACAAAAGGAUGAUUGUACAUUUACAUUCUCUGUUCCAGGUGCUGGUGGUUUCUUUUUAAAUCUAAUGAAAGGAAGAAAAGAGAUUCUAUCAAAUAUUCAAAGAUUAAAAUAUAAAGAGAUUUUAAAAAAAGAUUUAUUAAAAAAGAAAUUAAAAUAUUCAAACGUUCAAAUGCAAUUAUUAAUUAAAGAUUUAUUAGGUUUAAAUAAAAUUAAAAUUAUACCAACAACUCAAGGUGAAUUAAUUAGAUGUGUUCAAUUUGAUGAAUUAUAA